AUGACAAAUACACAUUCGAAUCUAAUUGAGUUCAACUGUCUUGGUGCAAUAUUUCUAAUUCGAGAACAAUCUCUUCAUCGUUUUCCCAAUACACUUCUAGGUGAUCCAAAACGUCGUGCAAAUUUCUAUAACUCUACUAAACAUCAAUAUAUAGUUGAUCGUCACAUAGUUUCAUUUGAAGCAAUUCUCAACUAUUAUGAAACAGGAAAACUAAUUGCACCAGCUAUUUACGAGCCAAGAAUAUUUCUUAAAGAAUUAAAAUAUUUUCAAAUCGAUAAAGAGACAAUUCAGCAAUUCUAUCAAACUGAAGUUAACGAAGAACUUCUCACUCACCAUCGUAUUAUUCCUUAUAAUCGAAUAUUGCGAUUCAUUUGGAUCUCAUUGGAAUACAGAGAUUAUUCAGUUCUAACACAAUUCAUUCAAUUUAUAUGUUUGAUUGUUUCAUUACUUUAUUGUUUGAGUAUUUCGAUGGAACUUGUUCCGCAUCUAUCAAGGGAAAGAGUGAUUUGUUAUAAAACACUCUUAACGAAAAAUGAAACUAACUGCGACAACACUUUUUUUGACUUUCGUCCAUCACAAACAAAUAAUCUAUGGAUUUAUCGAAUUGAGCAAAUUUGUACAGUUUUCAUUACAUUCGAAUACAUCCUUCGUCUUGUUUCUUCUCCACACCGAUGGUUAACAUUUAUUUCACUUCGUAACAUAUUCGAUCUUUUCGUUCUUGUCGCAAAUUCAAUGUAUUUUCUAUUAAUUCCGACGAAUGAUCAACGAGAUUUCGUAUGCGAAACGUGUNUGAUUGACGCGAAUUAUUGCAAAUCCACGCCAAAAUUAUCUCAAAUGUUACGUGGAAUCAUCGAUGGCGAAAAGAAAAUCUACCUCAACCCCAAUGACAUGCAACGACGUGACAGCGAAAAAAGAAGAAUUUGCCUUCCUUGA